CAUCUCGUACAUCAGAAAAUCAACACUGAAUUUCUUAGGAAAGAAUGUGAUUCAGAAAGAUCAAACGGCAGCUAAAACAGCCAACGGAUCAACGUUUAAGUUCUUAGGAAAAACAGAACUAACCGUUAGUAUAGCCGAUAUGGAUAUAGAUCACACCUUCUUGAUAUCAGAAGACGAACAUUGCCCUGCACCAGCACUCCUAGGAUUAGAUUUCAGGGAGACAUUAGAUCUGUUGAAUAUACCUGCCACUCUGAGACCUGUUCAAAACAUCUUAAGGAUAGGAGCAAGAGCAAUUCCAUUGCUAACAGCAACUCAGGCGAAAGUUCAGCACAAGAAGCAAACGAUCAAUGUAGUGAACACCAGAAAGAGAACUAUCCACACGCAAGAAUCAACAAUGCUAGAACUGACUACUGAGAAAGAAAUGAGUACAGAAGAAUAUGCGCUACUCGCACCAACCGAUAACAAUUUCCUGUGCUUUGAAACAGCAUUCAGAAGAAGUCCAAGAGUGGGAGUGUAUUUCAUCAAUAAUACUGAUCAACCACUCACCAUUGAAAAAGGAGAAACCAUAGGAAAGGCAGCGGUUGUCACAAUCCCUGGCCUAAGAACAGAAGGUUUUGGAGAAAGCAACUUUCAUAUACCUCCAGAAGCAGACUGGGAAGAUAAACUCCCAGUAUUCCCGAAAGAAUUCCGAGACGGAUUCCAAUGGCAGAACAACGAAUUAUCCAACCGUUCCAUCCUUUUAUUUUUGGGUGUUUAG